AUGAUUGGUGGAUGGUCACUCGUUUCAUCAUGUCUAAAAUAUCAUCAAACAACAUUACUUCGACGUCUUCAUCUGAUUGAUAUUCAACCACAUGAAUUUGAUAAACUAUUGCGCCAUCAUUCAAUAAAACAAUUAGAUACUUUAUUAAUUGAUAUAGCACAAUCUAAUCUGUUCAACUGCCUUGAGGUUGAAGGAGUUUAUCUAGCUAAGGUAAAAGAAACAAAUAAUUCUUCAGUUCAUGAUCAAAUCUAA